GGGCUGUGACGGGCUGUACCGUGUUUUAGUGGGCUAGUAGUACUUUCGGCUCAUUCAUCUCUUCAGUCUUCACCUGAUUAAUAGGCUUAACCACCACCCAGAACAGAGCCAACCACCAGAUUUGGCUGGUGGGUUCUUGUCAUCAUCUUGGUAUUUUCUCUACUCUUUCAACUUUCCAGUAAAGAUUGCAACUUUUCAGUCUUUGGGUAGCUUUUCAUUUUCUCAAUCCAUGGCUUCUUCCAUACUCAAUGGAGCUCAAAGCUUCACUCUCAUCCGAGGAGGUGUAGCCCCCAAAAAGAUUGGUUUUUUGGGGUCAGGUUUCCAUGGGAAACAGUUUUCCAAUGUGGGUUUAACGAUGUCCAGGCCAGGAACAACGAUAUCCCCGAGGUGCAGCUUAUCAGCUUCAAGGCCAACUUCACAACCGAGAUUCAUACAACACAAAAAGGAAGCCUUUUGGUUCUACAGAUUCCUCUCGAUCGUCUAUGACCAUGUGAUAAACCCAGGUCACUGGACCGAAGACAUGAGGGACGAUGCCCUCGACCCAGCUGAUCUCAACGAAAGGGACAUGGUGGUUGUCGAUGUCGGCGGUGGAACCGGUUUCACUACUUUGGGUAUUGUUAAGCAUGUCGAUGCUAAGAAUGUGACAAUUCUCGACCAGUCUCCACACCAGCUUGCUAAAGCUAAACAAAAGGAGCCUCUCAAGGAAUGCAAGAUAAUCGAAGGUGAUGCUGAAGAUCUCCCUUUUCCUACUGAUUAUGCCGAUAGAUAUGUGUCUGCUGGAAGCAUAGAGUACUGGCCAGACCCACAAAGGGGGAUCAAGGAAGCAUACCGGGUGUUGAAAAAAGGAGGGAAAGCUUGCUUGAUCGGUCCGGUGUACCCGACAUUUUGGCUGUCUCGCUUCUUUGCCGAUGUUUGGAUGCUUUUCCCCAAGGAGGAAGAGUACAUAGAGUGGUUCGAAAAGGCCGGAUUUAAGGAUGUCCAACUCAAAAGGAUUGGCCCUAAAUGGUAUCGUGGAGUUCGCCGACACGGUUUGAUCAUGGGGUGCUCUGUAACCGGUGUUAAACCUGCAUCCGGGGACUCUACUUUGCAGCUCGGACCGAAGGCGGAGGACGUAUCAAAGCCGGUAAAUCCGAUUGCAUUUCUCUUCCGCUUCAUGUUGGGUACCAUGGCAGCAGCAUAUUAUGUACUGGUACCGAUCUACAUGUGGCUCAAAGAUCAAAUUGUACCAGAGGGUCAACCAAUCUAAAGAGAGAAUGUAACUCUGCUGCCCUUCCAAGUUGGAUACAUUUCUGUAGUUCUAUAACCUAUGUUAGACUAUUAAGGGCGUUUUUGCAUUUCUUAAAUAAAACCGAGCUCUUCAGGUAA